UCAAUCUGUCAGCCUGCAAAAGUUCGCCAGCACCGUUUUCCAGUCGUCUGUGCUGCGGCUCGAAAUUUUCACUCUUUCUCGUGCAAAAUAAUGCCCUACUAGUGCGAAACGAAGCGGAAACACUACCAGAAGCACGAUGGCCCAACUUUUGCGCGGAAGAUCCAGCAUUGACCCGCGGUUCACGCACAUCCGCCCCGCGGUAUACGCAUUGAGCCGGGUAAACUUCUCCGGAUUCACGUAUGGCGGCGGCAACGGCCAACAUCAGCAGCAACAGCAGCACAACCGGCACCGUCUCCUGCGCAAUCCCAACUAUGGCGGCUGGCAGUACUCGUACCAAUCUUCGCGGGGCUACGGAAUGCUGAUUGGGCGUGUCCUGCGCGGGGUCCUCAAGCUGCGCUACCUUGUGCUAGGCGGUGCCAUCGGCGGCGGCGUCACGCUCAACAAGCGCUACGAAGAGUGGAAGGACGGGCUGCCGGACAUGAAGUGGCUCGAGGAGGUCCUGCCGGACAACGACAAGUGGGCCGGCUUCACGCGCAGUCUGCUCGCGGCCAAGGACUCGGUGAAGGACUCGAUCGAGAUUGAUCCCCGGCUGAAGCAGCUGAGUGAGAACAAGAUCAACGAGUGGCGCCAGUGGUUCGACCAGCGGCUGGACGCGGCCAUCGAGGCCGCGGAAACGCAGCAGAAUCCGCAAAUCGAAAGUUCCUUCCAGAAUCUAUCUGAACUCGUAUCAGAACUGUACGGAGCCACGCGGGAGGAGCUGCGCCAGAAGAACACCGUCAACGCGAAGAGCCUGAGCGCGGAGGAGAGUCGCAAGCGCGUCGACACGCUGCAGUCCCAGGUGGACGCGCUCCAGACCGAGAUCAUGAACGUGCAGCUCAAGUACCAGCGCGAGAUCGAGAAGCUGGAGAAGGAAAAUCGCGACCUGCGCCAGCAGUACCUGAUCAUCCGCACGAACCGCAAGCAGCCGACCAAGAAGCGCAUCAAGAAGUCGCUGAUCGACAUGUACUCGGAGGUGCUGGACGAGCUGUCCGGGUACGAUACGACCUACAGCACCGCGGACCAUUUGCCGAGGGUCGUUGUGGUGGGAGAUCAAAGCAGCGGCAAGACGUCGGUGCUGGAGGCGAUCGCACAAGCGCGGAUCUUCCCCCGUGGCAGCGGAGAAAUGAUGACCAGGGCGCCGGUCAAGGUGACGCUGUCGGAGGGACCGUACCACGUGGCACAGUUCCGUGACUCGGAACGCGAGUACGACCUGACCAAGGACAGCGACCUGGCGGAUUUGCGACGUGACGUGGAGAUUCGGAUGAGGAACUCGGUUCGCGGCGGGAAAACCGUCAGCAUGGACGUCAUCUCGAUGACCGUCAAGGGACCGGGCCUGCAGCGGAUGGUCCUCGUCGAUCUGCCCGGCAUCAUUUCGACCCAAACGGUGGACAUGGCCGCCGACACCAAAGACUCCAUCAAGCACAUGACGGAACAUUACAUGAGCAAUCCGAACGCGAUCAUCCUGUGCAUUCAGGACGGCUCGGUGGACGCGGAACGUAGCAACGUGACCGAUCUGGUGGCGCAGUGCGACCCGCUCGGCAAGCGAACCAUCUUCGUGAUGACCAAGGUGGACAUGGCCGAAGAUCUGGCCGACCCCAACCGAAUCCGCAAGAUCCUGUCCGGCAAGCUGUUCCCGAUGAAGGCGCUCGGCUACUUUGCCGUGGUGACCGGACGUGGCCGCAAAGACGACUCGAUCGAGACGAUCCGGGACUACGAGGAGAAGUUCUUCAAGACUUCGAAGCUGUUCCAAAGUGGCGUCACCAUGUCGCACCAGGUGACGACGCGCAACCUCAGCCUGGCCGUGGCCGACCGCUUCUGGAAGAUGGUCCGCGAGACGAUCGAGCAGCAGGCGGACGCGUUCAAGGCGACGCGCUUCAACCUGGAGACGGAGUGGAAGAACAACUUCCCGCGGCUGCGCGAGUCCGGCCGCGACGAGCUGUUCGAGAAGGCCAAGGGCGAGGUGCUGGACGAGGUGGUCAACCUGUCGCAGGUGUCGCCCAAAAAGUGGGAGGAGCUGCUGAACGCCAAACUGUGGGAGAUGCUGUCCAACUACGUGUUCGAGAACGUGUACCUGCCGGCGGCGCAGUCCGGCUCGCAAUCCUCCUUCAACACCAUGGUGGACAUCAAGCUGCGCCAGUGGGCCGAACAGGCCCUUCCGGCGAAAUCCGUCGAAGCCGGUUGGGUGGCGCUGCAAAAGGAGUUCCAGCACCUGAUGGAGGUGGCCCGCAAGACGCCCGACCACGACGAUCUGUACGAUAAUCUGAAGAGCGCCGUCAUCGACGAGUCCAUCCGGAGGCACUCGUGGGAGGACAAGGCGAUCGACAUGCUGCGCGUGAUCCAGCUCAACACGCUCGAGGAUCGCAACGUGCACGACAAGCAAGAGUGGGACCAGGCUGUCAAGUUUUUCGAAACGUCGGUCAAGGAAAAGCUGAAGCUCACCGAGCAGACCAUCAGCGAGAUGUUCGGGCCCUCGACGUCCCAAAAGUGGCUCCAGUGGCGUUACGCGACGGACGAGCAGACCAAACGGAAGCACGUCAAGGGCGAGCUGGACAAGAUCCUGUCGAGCGAUUCGAGACACUCGCCGACGCUGAGCUACGACGAGCUGACGACGGUGCGGAAAAACCUGCAGCGAGGCAACGUCGAGGUCGAGACGGAUUACAUCCGCGAGACGUGGUACCCGAUCUACAGAUUACAUUUCCUGAAGCAAGCAUUAAACCGGGCGUACGACUGCCGGAAGGCGUACUACCUGUACACCCAGCAAGGCGCCCAGUGCGAGGUCAACUGCAGCGACGUGGUGCUGUUCUGGCGCAUCCAGCAGGUCAUCAAGGUGACGGCGAACGCGCUGCGGCAGCAGGUCGUCAACCGGGAGGCGCGCCGCCUCGACAAGGAAAUCAAGGAGGUGCUGGACGAGUACGGCGAGGACGACGACAAGAAGCAGCAGCUGCUGACCGGGAAGCGCGUCACGCUGGCGGAGGAACUGAUUCGAGUGCGGCACAUUCAGGAAAAGCUGGAAGAGUUCAUCAACGCCCUGAACCAGGAAAAGUGAAACAACACUCCCCAAAACGCCCGGCGGCACUCGAAUUCGCUAGGAACGCUAGUCUGCUGCCAGCGGCUGGAAUGGAAUGGUUAAAACUACUUAAGAGAGCAGAGAGAGGAGAAGCGGAAGGAGAGAUUCCAGCGAGUAAAAGCUAUUUAUUACCGUAUCCCCCCACAGUUACGUUACGCAUUCAACAGCAUCCACACACGCAAGAUCACGUCGCGCAUUAUCCGUUUUGAAAGUUUAGUUUUUUUAACUUCUCAUUCGUUUCAUUAUUUUUAUGCUUGGUUUUGAAAGCGACAAAACGUUACGGUAUCCAUUUUUACAACUACGAAAAAAAAAACACAAGCAAAGAAAACUAAAAGCAGUGUUAAAAAAGAACUCAGACAAGGAUCAGCCAGUAUGUAUGUGAGAGAGUAGUGAUCUAAGUUAAUAUAUUUGCUAUGUGCGCAAGAUAUUUCUAUUCGUAAAUGAUUGGAAUAAAAUGUUUUUUGAAAUUGGA